GCGCGUACCCUUGACCGAAUCAAUUUCGCCAAUGUUUUUGUGGCGAAUAUUUCGUAUAAUUUACUAUAAAAAUGAGUGCUCCGUAUACGGAAUUAGAUAAACCGAUGGACGAAUAUGCGAUGCUCUGUCGGGGCUGCCUGGCGGAGUCCGGAGAAAUGAAGAACAUAUUCGAAUGGGGUUUGGAUGAAGAUUUUUCAAAUUGCACUAAUAUUCGGCUUCAAAGAUCAGAUGGUCUGUCCGAACUGCUAUGCACCGGCUGUGAAGAGUUGCUAGUGCAGACGAAGAGGUUUCGUGAGCAGUGUCAAAACUCCGAUUGCUUGCUGAGGACGACUAACGCUAAGAAAAACCUGCAAAGUGACUCUGCAAAACCGACACAGCAUUCCCAAGAAAAUACAAUAUCAUGCAUUCUAUACGAGAAAAAGCUAAUAAUUAUGAUAAACGCACCGAAUAUGACUGCUAAAAUAUACCUCUCCUGCCCUUACUGCCAAGAAAGCUACAUAAAACAGCGGGAUUUGAUGCUGCACUUGGUAAAAACCCAUCAGCUGAUAGAAAAAGACUUUUCAAUAGACCUCCAAUAUUAUUGUUCCGUGAACAGUUGCCCUUUCUCCAUGGAUUCUGGCAAAAACAAAUACUUUAAAGGCAGGAAAUUCCUCAACCAACACUACAUCAAAGUGCACAUGACUAAGCAAUUUCAAUGUGCCGAAUGCUCGAUGGCUUUUCCGACGGACAACCAGUACAAAAGUCAUUUUAAAACUUGCAACGUAACAUUCCUCUGCCAAAUAUGCAACGUAAAGUAUAAUACGAAUGAGAAAUUGCUAGUACAUCUCAUGCGGAAGCAUCCCACUGUACAUAAACAGUAUAAAACCGAACGGAGAGUUUUGAAAAGGAAAUCUUGCACUGUUGUUGAAAGCAAGAAACUUAAAAGUGAAGGUGAGAGAUUCAGUGACUUCAUUUGUGACAGCCCAAAGCGUUCGUUCGCUACUCAAACGAAACCUGAAGAUUACAUCAAGAAUGACGUCACAUUACCCUCAUGGCACAUGAAACCCGAAAAUUUUGAAACAAAGACCGAUGAGAUAUCAACGCAAACAGUAUUCGAAGACCUACUUUCCCUCAAAUCCCAGACAAGCGAAGACGACUCAAGUAUAUUCUUCUCAGAAACCGUUUCUUUAUCAGAUAUACAAACUCAAACAUUCCCUUUAGAGUUUGGCUUGAGUCAUUCUAAUAAAGAGACUUUGACAUCAGAGACUCAGUCACCGGAUUUGAGUAUAAAGGAAACCCAAACUUGUUUAUGCUUAUACGAUUCACCGAAGGUAAACUACAGGUUGUUUGACAGUGUGUCCUCGAGUCCUUGCAGUCUGAACUUAACAUCAGCGGAGACUCAAACCCCUGAUGUGAAGUCCACGGUAAAGUCAGACGUAAUGCUCAGUUUCAACUCCGCUGAAACACAAACCAGCUUCGAAGAAAUAGCUAAAGACAAUUUCUGAUAUUGGUAGAGACUUUGUUGGCAGGUGAUUUAUGUUUUCUUAUUUUAUAGAGGAUGUAAAUAAUAAAUAAAAGUAUACAGGGUGUUAGUGACAUCGUAACGAAUACUGAGGGGGAUGAUUCAGCUCACGAUUCUGAGUUAAUAUCAAGUGGAAUUUUCAGUUUGAAUAAUUUAUAGAAACACGUUUCAUUUCCAAGAAUUGUGCGCCGGAAAAUUACACUCGAUAUUACUUAACUCAGAAUCGUGAGUUGACUCAUCCCCCUCAGUAUUCGUUACGGUAUCACUAACACCCUGUAUUUAGUAUUUUUUUUUCACGUUAAAUCUGUACAUCCAUCCAGCCAUCUUUAUUGUUUUUGGGAAACACCCUGGAAAGUUCUUCAUUAUCUAUGAAGAUCCAAAAUGAAUUCAAACUCAUCAUCAGCCCAUCACAUUGGGAUCACAUUGUGAUAAUUGCGAUAUGUCCCCACCGGGAUUUGAACCCGAGACCUCCGGGUCGUGAGCCCAACGCUCAAACCAUUGGACCACGGAGGCCGUUCAUGAUAGUCAAUGAUGAUAAUAAGCAAUAAGGCCGCCUAUUGUGCUUAUGUUUUUAUUCGUAUGUU